AGAAAGAGAGGAAGAGAUGGACUCAAACGUCAUCGCUAUCAGCUCUGUGACACAUCCUUCUCAAGAUUUGAACAUUUGAAGAUUCAUCAGAGAGUUCACACUGGAGAGAAACCGUACAGCUGUGAACAGUGUGGGAAAACUUUCACUCAAUCAAGUUACCUAAAAAUCCACCAACGUGUUCACACUGGGGAGAAACCGUACAGCUGUGAACAGUGUGGGAAAACUUUCAGUACAUCAAGUUACCUAAAAAUCCACCAACGUGUUCACACUGGAGAGAAACCGUACUGGUGUGACCAGUGUGGGAAAUCUUUCAGGGCAUCAGGUGACCUAAAAAUCCACCAACGUGUUCACACUGGAGAGAAACCGUACAGCUGUGACCAGUGUGGAAAAAAUUUCGCUCGAUUAGGUGCCCUAAAACUCCACCAACGUAUUCACACUGGAGAGAGACCGUACAGCUGUGACCAGUGUGGAAAAAAUUUCCCUCGAUUAGGUGCCCUAAAACUCCACCAACGUGUUCACACUGGAGAGAAACCGUACUGGUGUGAACAGUGUGGAAAAACUUUCCCUCAAUUUGGUCACCUAAAAACCCACCAACGUGUUCACACUGGAGAGAAACCGUACUGGUGUGACCAGUGUGGGAAAUCUUUCAGGGCAUCAGGUGACCUAAAAAUCCACCAACGUGUUCACACUGGAGAGAAACCGUACAGCUGUGACCAGUGUGGAAAAAAUUUCCCUCAAUUUGGUCACCUAAAAAUCCACCAACGUGUUCACACUGGAGAGAAACCGUACUGGUGUGACCAGUGUGGGAAAUCUUUCAGGGCAUCAG